UAAAUUAUCUUGCUGGGGAGCUCUGGAGUAGGAGCCAGCUGGUUACCUGUGCUGCAGAGAACAGCAGGUAAAACUGGGCCCUGUGUGGGAGUUCCCCACCGCUCACGCUCUGGCAGGCAGCACCCACCGCCUCUGCAGGGCUCCAGGUGCCUCUGGCAGGGCGAGGCCUGUCCAGUUGUUUAGAAGGUGUCAAUUGCCAGACAAAGAUCCUCCCACCAGGGUCCAACUGCACUGCUCCAGGCCUGCCCACAGGAGGCUGCAGUGCAUGGGGUUACAUGCUCCCUCCAUGGGUCCCCCAGUAAGACGUGACUCUGGGCCCCCGUGGCAGUGGAAAGCUCUUUUGCCCAGCCGGCUUGUGGUGGGGUGGAUUUCCCAUUGCGUCCAAGAGAAAGUCACUGAAUCUCAUGCGCGUUAGGCCCUGGAUCCCUAACUGGGGGCUGCUGGUGCCCCAGGCUCUCCCUAAUGAGCAGGGGGAGAUGUGGACCCUGGGGAGACAAGCUUGUGAGAAGCUGACCCCCUGACAGGGCAGGAAGUGGCCAUAUGUUGUUUUUCCCUAGAAAAGGGAAGUUCCUCAAAUCUCUCACAUCACUGUGGCUAGCAGAUUUUUGUGCCAUGGGAAGUAGCCAGCACUUCUGGGACUUGGUGUCCUCGGGCACUGUUCAGGGUAAUACAGGGGGAUAGGGGCUGUUGGCUCAGCGUGGGGGUCAUGUGUAGAAGUCUCCCCAUGGCCAUUGGGGACAGUAACUUGUAGCAUUUUAUCUAUGGAACCGGCCGUGGGAACACCACAGGGCAUCCCAUGUUCACCCCAGCAUAGACCUGCACCCAGGGCUUGCAUGGUGCUUUCCACUCUUCCCUCAGCAACUGCUGGCCACCCGCCUGCCUGGGGGCUGGACAAGUCGCCCAGGGAGCCUGUGGCCAGGGUGCCAAUGCAAGCUGUUCUGCCCAGGCAACGUCCUGAGCCUCUCGACUUCUCACCAGUUCAAAAGGGCCUCCCCCAGGUAAUGCCCAAGGCCAUUGCCCUGGCGUGCCAGUCGGAGCAACAGGGCUGUGGUGUGACCUGCCAGCAGCCAGGAGGCCAUGAGUGGCGCUCGCUCAGUGUCUGCUGGGCCCAAGGAAUGGUGUGUGCGCAGACGUGGCGCAGCAGGCAGCCAGUGGGGAGGGGGCUGUGCAUGUGUAGCCCCUUGUUCCUCAUCUAAUUGGGAGGGGUCGAGCCUAUGGCUGUGCAGACCCCUCUCCUGCCAGCCUGCCCCCAAUGUGAAGCAGGGGGGGCUGAGAGGCUCCGGAGCACUAAUUCCCUGAGCUGGGGUGGGGAGCAACCAGCUCUCGGCUUCUGCCUCCGAGCCUACCUGCCCCAUGGCACCUGGGAAGCAGCCUUGGCUCUGGGGGCGGCGAGGAGGCAGCAAGGGGCCCUUUCCCCAGGGGGUGGGUUACAGGCCAAUUCACCCUCCUGUGCAAAUAAAUCCGCCAUUGAACUGCUGGGAAGGGAGCAGGCCCCAGCCCAGCCCUGGGAGCCUCCUGGUCUCAGUGCGUUCCAGGGGGACUGCUGCUGAUUUCAACAGGCACAAUGGGGGCCAGGCAGCUCCGAGCAAUGCUGCCCUGGGACAGAGGGAGCCCUCCCUGUCGGUCUCCGCAGCGCCACUGUCCUGCCCUGCCAGCCUGCUGCCUUCACCUCCAUCCCACUGCUGCCUCACCUGUUCCCCCUCGUCCUGCAUGUAGACUGUGAGCUCCUUUGGGAGGGUGCACAGCACCUAGCACCCUGACCCCUCCCCGGGGUGUGGGAGUGUUACCCCCAUACAGUGAAAGGUGUGUGCAGGAGGUGGUCAGCGCACAGCUCGUUCCGUCCCCACUGUCCCCUGCCCCCUCUGGUGCCCAGAUGUGGUUGCUGUUCCGGGUGUCAGCAGGGGCUGAGCUGGAAGGUGGGGCAGGCACAGGAGGAGGAAGAACAGGCCGAGUUGGGCAGGCAGGCAGCUGAGGGCGGGACCAGAGAGCGUUGAAAGUCCCAGCUCCUUCCCCAGCUCUACUCACUCUGGCCCCCCUCCAGGCUGAUCGCACCAUGAGCCGCUGGCUGCUGGCUGCCCUGGCCCUCUGGGCUGUGAGCGGUGGGGACUCCCUGCCAGCCUGUAGCUACCCGCCCAGGCUCUUGUGCAGCUCCUGGAAGAUUGCCGUGGCCUGCCAGGUGGAGAAGCAAUGCACCAACUUCUACCACCGCCCCCAGGCAGCCGACCCUGUGUCGCUGAGCCUGUAUUACGAGAGCCUGUGCCCGGCCUGCCGCGGCUUCCUGGUCACCCAGCUCUUCCCCACCUGGGUGAUGCUCAAUGACAUCAUGAACAUCACACUGGUGCCGUACGGAAAUGCCCAGGAGAAGAACGUCAGCGGGAAGUGGCAGUUCGAAUGCCAGCAUGGCGAACCAGAGUGCAAGGGGAACAUGAUUGAGACCUGCCUGAUGUACCAGCUGAAGGACUUUGAUCGGUUUUUCCCUGUGAUCUUCUGCAUGGAAUCGGCGGGCUCUGUGGUCGAGAAUCUUGCAGCUUGCCUGCAGGUCUAUGCCCCAGCUACCCAGCUGGCUGAGAUCACGGCCUGCGUGACAGGAGAUCUGGGGAACAAGCUGAUGCACCACAAUGCUCAACUGACAGAUGCCCUCAACCCACCCCAUAACUACGUGCCGUGGAUCCUCGUCAAUGGGAAACACACAGACGCUCUCCAGGAGCGAGCCCAGAGUGCUCUGUUCAAGAUGGUUUGUGAGAUGUACACGGGUGAAAAGCCAGAUGCCUGCAAAGAUGGGGGAGCUGAGUCCCAGUUCCUCUGAAGACCCAGUCUCUCUGCCUGAAUUAACCCCCAGCCUAGGGCAACUCCCUGCACCCCAGCUCCUGGCCUUGCAAUUGGGGUGACCAGACAGCCAGAGGCAGCGGGGGAUGUAUUUUUGCCUGGUAUGAUGUCAGCUCUGGGCUCAUGCCCAGUAACCUCUGCUGCAGGUGGGGCCAGUUCAGUUGUGAGCGGUGGGUUGUUGGGAGAAAAGGCACAAGAUGGUUUGAAUUUGGACAUGGGAAUUCGAAGCAUCUCUUCACCCAGGGUGUCUAGCACCAGGAGCUGUGCUAGGGAGAGCCCAGCCUUGUAAUCAGGAAGAGCAGCAGCAGCAGCCCUGCAGAGGUCAGGGAGCAGCACCAGCUGGAGAGUCGGUUAAAAGAGCAAGUUCUGCUGGAGAGAGGCAUCUGGUCACCCUGACUCCAGUAGGCAGCCUGGCUGAGCAGCUUGGCAGCAUGGGCCUGGAAGGGCUUCCAGAUAUCUCGGCCAGCGUAAGUGUGUCGAAUACACUGCGUUGAAAGCGCAGGAGCAACUAUCCACAUCAGGGAACUCCCUGACCCCCUCGGCUCUUCCCUCUCCAGAUCUCUGUCAAGAUGAAAUAAGGGAGGGUACAUUCCGGCUCAUUCUCCGAGGAGGUGCCCCAUCCCUGGGCUGGAACCUGCGCCUCUCACAGCAGACAGUCCAAACCAGGAAUGGGGCCCCACACCUGACCUGCUUUGCCCCGGCCUUGGGCACCAGCAAGACUGGCUGCAGAUCUUGCUUUAUGCUGCGCAGCUUGCCGGGUGCUGUGACCAGAGGGGGACAAGGCUUAAGCACAGCAAAUCUUGGGGGACAUGCUACAUUUGCUUUGCUGAUUUGGUGCCUGACACCUGACCCUUUGCCCGUACUGAUGCCUUCUGUGAACUAGCUCCACCGGCCCCUCCAAACGCUGACAUCUCCAUGUCCUCCACCCACUGGCCCCUCCAGGAAAUGGUUCUGUGUCGCUAAGCCCCAUCCUCCUUCCAUGCAAACAGACCAGUGCCUUGCCCUCCCCAGCCUGAUGCACACUCCCUUCUACUUGCUCUAAUUGUGUUGAUGUCACAAAUGCAGAUUCUUGGGACUCGGGGUAGGAAUGCCCUUCCUGCAAAUGAAUCUAUUGAGUAACUUCCUGA